CGAUCAUCGGCUGAGACAGAACCAACACACUCCGAACUGGCAAACAUGGCAGCAGUAACAGAAGAUUCCAUUGUGAAAAACCGCCUGUUAUUCGAUAACCGACAGCUGAAGAAAUGCAUUCGCCGGUAUAUCUUACAAGGGGCUUCCGGGAAGGAGAAUGACUCAACCCUCUUCCUUGGGGACCUCGCUCAACUCGAGGUGGGGCUGCAGAAACACCAGCUUAUACAUGAUAUGACUGAGAAAGAAAUACGGCGAUAUGAUGAGGCGAAAGAGCAGAUUGCCUUGGACAUCGAACAACGGACGAAGGACCUUGCGAUUCUCAAAGAGCAGUUGAUAGAAGCGCAGCGGAUAAGGGCAAACAAACUGCAGUACGACGCUUUGGCAGAGAAGAUACUAGGGUUCCCUCGACGAGGGAAGAGCAUAGAAACCGCCGCGAAGCUGAAAGUCAAGAUCGAGAAAACGAUAAACGAAACAGAAACAGUGCGACAAAAGCAGGAACUUCGACGGAAGCAGUUGUUGACCCUGGUCACUGCGAUACAUGAGAUACAGGACGCCAUUGCGGAUGAUAGGCAGGCGGAUGAGGCGAGGAAUUUGGAGGAAAGCUAUGCGGAAGAGCCGCCUACACCGCCGCAAGAGGAGGAGGAGGAAGAGGGAAUGCUUAUGGAGGAGGAAGGGAAAGAUGCGAUGGAUACCAGGGCCUGAUAUGGAAAGGCGAAACGAUUUAUUGUCUUUCAUGCAGCUUGGCUAGGACUCCAGCUGCAACCUAUGUAGAUAGCAUAAAAUUUUGGAAAUGAAAUGGGGAUUACCGGUUUAGUGGCUGCUAUCGGCGGCCCCCACGCUCAAACACUUAGCCACACUAGCUUACAACGAGCAAUGUUGAAUGU